AGCCCCCUCAGGACGUCUCCUUUACAGUAUUACUACUGCCGGACCUUUUUUUUUUUAAUUUGACGCUGUAUAACGGCUUAAUGAGAGAUUUUUCCUGAACAUGUAGCUAAUUCUUCACGUCUACGCCCUUUUUAUCAACCAACAAGCAGUCAUGUUGCUGCCCUCCGACGUCGCUCGGCUUGUUUUGGGGUACCUCCAAGAAGAGGGACUGUCCGCUACAAGCCAAGCUUUCAUUCAUGAGAGCCCCAACCUGAAGGAGUAUGCGGAGCACACCACGGGAGAUGGGACUAUUCCUGCUUGUGUAUUUUCUAUCUUUGGGAAAGGUCUAACUACUAUCUUGAAUGAGUAUGUGGCUGCCAAAACAAAAGACUCUUGUCCUGAGGUACCUGCAAUGAUGACCUCAUUGUGGAAAAAGCUGGAUUUCACACUCAAUCAAAUCAAGUCAUUGCAGAAUUCGCCAGCUAUAUCAGCAUGUCAGAGAACACGUUCACGCAAUGGAUUGGCAAACAUGGCUAAACAGCGGGUCCUGAGCCUGACUUCAGCUGGUAGUGUCGUCUGUUCAUCAGUUUCUGUGACAAGCUCCAUCAUCAGCCCAGCACACACCUCCCACAGCAUGCUCAGCCACUCCACUCCUGUGAGCUACAGUGCUCCUCACACCAGACUAACUCCUGGCAGUGGCACACAACAGCAGAUCCAUGAUGGCAACCGAAUACUAAAUACGCCCAGGGAUUCACUGGUACAGAUCAGUGUGUCAGAGCAUCGACUAAAUCCAGGCCCAAUGUCUCCUGGACGACGGAAAUGGGACACCCCAAGGAAGAGAAGUGGUGCCCUGAGUGGGUCCAGCGGCCCUGGCAGAUCUGCCACAACUACCACUAGCCUCACAGCAGAACCUCAGCCUGAAGAGGUUGUUGAUGAAAAUUUCCCUCAACUUGUGAUACAAAAUGCACGCGACAAGAUAUUGGGAGACAGAUCGUUACAAGAGAAGCUUGCAGAAAACAUUAAUAAAAUCCUCGCCAAUGAACCAACGCCCCAGACAGUAAAGGCCUCUUCAGCUACAGUGGAGGCAGACCAGUCUAUUGAUGAAAUCCUUGGAUUACAGGGGGAAAUCCAUAUGAGUGACGAUGCAAUCCACGACAUUUUGGAGCAGACAGAGUCUGACCCAGCUUUUCAGGCCCUCUUUGACCUUUUCGAUUACAAUAAAACCAAAUUUCCUGAUGGGGAGCCAGGGGACGGCGAUAUCAGCAGUAGUCCAGAAGAGAGUGAUGCUGCUGGAUCUUCAUCUACAGUCAGACCCCUUCAGAGUGAUGAUCCAGGCCCUACACAAAGAGAUAGUAAUGUUUUGGAUAUAACCCCAGUGACAGUGAAGAUGAGAGCUGGACAAGAUCGUAAGACCAGGAAGUCUACUGCUCCCACCUUGUUAAAGAAAACAGUUCUUGCCCCCAAUGGCAGAGCAUCCAGAAUUGAAAACAGCUCAGCCAAAUUGUUAGUGAGCCACGGGGAGCACCGAGGUGCCUCAUCUGAUGCAGGGGACUCGAACAGAAAAGAAAGAACCUCACACAUCAGUAACAGCGCUGGUGUAACACCAAUGGAUAUUGAUGAGCCGUUGAAUACACCUCCUCCCCCUUCAGACAGUAUGGCCACUCAGGAGCUGGUCACAAAGGACAACACUUCCACCACAACUGGCCUCUGUGAAUCAACCACAGUUCCCUCAUCAAGAGACUCUGUUGCAUUUGUUGCGCCAGUAACGACAUCGGCCUCUAGUGUGGACAAACAGCAGGAGUGUAAAGAAGCACAAGGAUCUACAGAGCAACCUUCGACAGCCCCCUCUUCAGCUCUGAGUAAUCAACCUGCUUUUUUGUCUCCUGUACAAGUUGAACUGAACAACACUCCAAUGCCAGCUACUGACCUAUCUCAUAUGCCAGUUUCAAGCGGCGGAGGGGACACUCAGCCGGUGUCUACUCACUCAGCAACACCUGAAUCGGCAUCUUUCACAUCUGCUUCUUUGGGGGUCACAGUUACAGCUGUGUCUGCCUUGUCAUCAGCUUCCACAGCUGCGUCAUUCACAGUAAAACAUGGCUCACCCAUAUCUGCUUCUACCUCUGCAACUCAUACCCCUGCCUCAUCCACACCUGCAUCCUUCGCGUCCCCUGCCCCAGUUGCAACAGCACCUGAUCCAUCAUCCACCAACCCCAGCACUCCAAGCAAGGCUGGGGCAGAUUCCAGUAAUAUAGUUUCUUUGAAAAUCAUCAUCAGCGACAACCAGGAUGAGGAUUCUUCCAAUGAUACAGCCUUGAGUCAGGCAAUUUCCAGCAUUUCUGGGGAGAAGAUACCCACCAUCUAUCUUUCCUCCCCAGCUAAGUCCCCUGGAUGCCCCAGCACUCCAAAGGCCAGCUUGGAUGAGGUGGCACAGGCAGUUAGCGGCUUACAAAGCUCCGAGGCACAUGCUAGUCCUCUCAGCGGUAAGGCUGGGGCAUUGGUUGCAUCUCCAUUAACGGGGACAUCACAGGCCCAGCAGAGCUACAUAAUUCAAGUACCCCUGGACACCACUAACCCUGCUCUCCAAGGAGCCACUACUAGCUAUUUCUUUGUGACUGAACCCCCGACUACAGACACUCAAACCCGGCAGGUGCUACUGCCUGCAGGUGUCUCAAAAGGACAGCCUUUGCCAACCAACCAAUUUGGGGUGACCACACCAUCUCGUUCUCAAGGCUACUCCACUGGGUCAGCACUCAUCUUGCCAUCACCUGUUAAGUCCAUGAUGCUUCCUAUUUCUGUUGUGGGACAGAAUACUCUGGGGAAUGUCCAGAUGGUGUCCAAUCAGCUUGUUGCCAUCCCAAACCCAGCGCCGGUACAGCAGUCAGAAACUGUCAAGCCCAAACCUCCCACAGUAGCAAAAAAACAGGCUACAGCUGCUGGCGCUGAGGAAAAUCUGUCUGGUAAGGGAAUUCAACCAGUGUCAGCUGAAAGCACAAGCCAGCAGGACACAGCAAAGUUUUCCAGUCAUAGGAGAAUUUUAUGUUUUGACUCCUCUGCAGAGGUUCAGCCACAAACAUCUAAAACAACACAAAACACCUCAGCUACAAAAACAUCACAAUCUGUCCAGAAACCUACAAAAGACAGUACACAGCUGCCCUCCCGAACAAAGCCUGCCAUCUUGGGUGGCAACAAGCCCAAGAGGAGGGUUGAGAUUGUCAGAUGCUCAGCAGAUUUCCCGACUGCAGGAGGCUUAGCGAAGGAGGCAGAGAAGUCCAUGCCUCCACAACAGCAACAUAAAGAUCCCGUUAAAAAGAACUCUCGCAAACAAGAUCAUAACAUCCGCAACCAGGAGUCUCAAAGUGCAAGUACAAGUACCAGCAGGGCUGAUUCCUCACAGGCUGAGACUUUGAAAAUGUCAGAAUCAGGAAGGAGAUCAAAAUCUGUUGACAGGCAGCACAAUCAUGAUAAGAGGAAUGAUGAAGCAAUAUCGAAUGAUUGCCCUAGCUCUAGGUCACUGUCUUCUGAUUCUGCACUGAAAUCAGGAACUAGAAAGGAGGAAGAGGGAAGCAGCAGGAAGGAACCCACAGAAAAAGCUCCUGGUAAAUCCCGUGAGGGGCGUACAGAAAAGUCUCAAGAGAUGCCAAAUGUGACAGCUAACAAGGAGAAUGAAAUGAAGGGUAGCAUUCAAGAGCAGCAACAGCAGUCAACGCCUUCAUCCUCAGCAUCAAGAGACUGUAGCCCUCCGGCUGUCACCCAACCUUCAUCUAAUUCCCAGUCUAAGGCUACAAAAGCCCCCUCAAAGACCAGCUCUCUGGCCAAACAGGCUGCUGAGAUGCUGCAGGACAUCCAGGGACUCGGCUCUCCUUCCGCCGCAGCCAAGAGACCUGGAGCAGGCAAUUCAGACCUUAGUCUGCCCCGGACCCCUGGGACUGGCCGUAACCAGGAGGAAUCUGCUGACUCUUUGAGGACUCCUUCCCGACAGAAGUUGGGUAAAGAUGUAGAGGGGACUCCCAAACGUCUCAUGCCUCCCAACACCCCUGAUGCCCCCACCUGCAGCCCUGCCAGUGAGGCUGGCAGUGAAAACAGCAUUAACAUGGCUGCUCACACACUCAUGAUUCUUUCACGUGCUGCCAUCGCCAGGACAGGCACUCCACUGAAGGACAGUUUGCGUCAGGAUGGAGUCGGAGAAAAGUCGCCCAUAAGCUCGAAGAACUCUAAGAAACGCAAACAGUCUUCUCCCACGGCCAGCCCACCUGCAAAGAAAGAGUCAAAGCGAUCUCCCAGCAACAAGAAAGACCGGGAGAGGAAGAAGCUUAUAGAUUGCUUUCCCCAUGACUUGGAUGUGGACAAGUUCCUGUCUUCACUCCACUAUGAUGAGUGAAACCAGACACACCAAUAUCACUAACUGCAUAGGUUACUAUCCAGGAAUAGAACGAGCCAUCUGCUAAACCAGUGCCUAUAGUUCUUAUGAGUAACCUUGCCUGAGACCUUAUAAGCUGCAGUGUCUCCUUCAGCCAAUGAGGAACUUUGAUUUGGCUGACUACUUUCCAAUGUGGGUGAUCUGCAUAAAACCCUGUUAUAUGCAGCACUUGUAGGGCAGCAAAGGCACUUUGUUAUAUUUUGUUGUUUCUCCUCACAUUCGCUUCUGUUUUAAUUAUCGUUGUUGUUUUUUACAACAACAAAACAGUUACACAUUUGUGCACUAAAACAUAAUAGGUGCUUGCUGUUAAAAUGGAUGAUUCAAAACAUUUCCUUGGUCAAUAUUUGACUCUAGUUUGAUGAAUCCAGCUACCACUGACUGUCAGGUUGGUAUGUAAAAAUAUGUUUUGAAAUAUAUCUCUACCAUUAAUUUUAGUAACACAGAAUGAUGAACUUUUCAUAUUCAGAGAAGUCCAGUUAAGUAAAAAAUGAGAAGUAAUGUGAAUACAAUAUUUUAUGUAAUAUACAACUAUAUUUUUUUCCAUUUUUUUGUUUUGUUUUGUUUGGUAGAAUCAAACACAUUCAGUGUGAAAAUCUCAGGCUUCAUUCAGUGUUGAAAUAAA